AGGCCAUGAGAUAAAAUUCUCCAAACUGUCAUCUUUCACACAAAAAUGCAUGGCUGUCCCUUUCAAUGAGGCAAUGGUGGUUAUACCGUUGUUUCAUAUGAAGGACUAGACUUUAUUUUUGAAAAUCAUAGUUCAGUUCAGUUCAGUUAUGUAUUUUUUUAAUCAUCUUAUUUUUUACACAAUGAUUUCUAAAAGACAUUCUGUGGAGUAAUUUUCCUCGACGAGGACAUUACAGAAGUUGUGCCGAGGUCAUGGGUUAAAGGUGAUGAAUGUUUUUGGCCAACAUUCAUUUCUGAGGAAAAAACCCAAAAGGCCAUAAAGAGGCAUGAAAUGCCAGGCCCUGGCUGGAAAAUCUUCAAAAUAAGAACACUCUUUGAAAAAGUAGAUGACUUCAGUAAGGCAAGGCAAAAGCUGAAGGACUACAACAGAAAUGGAAUGGCAGUCCUCCAGUCAGAGGAUGAGAGCUCAAUGGCAAAAAGGAGAAGAAAAGCGACACAUUACCCAGGAUUUGAAAACGGCAGUACUGACUCUGAAACUGAGCAGACUCCAAAAAGAAGACCAGAGUCUCGGCCUCGGCCUCAACCUCUCCCUAUUAGCGCUACCCUUCCUAGUCUCCCUCCAGCCCCCCUCUCGGACAUCGCUGUGGACAUGGGUCAGGAGUCUCUGGACAACACAGGACAGGAAACCUUUACAGACAUAAGCUGGAAUGUGAGGAGGGAGUCAGACCCCUUCAAUGUAAUCAAUAGCUCAGCGCUCCAGUCAACACCACCACCACCUCAACACUUGAGUCCAGUGUUUGACAUUAAUAUGGGCUUCCCCUAUUCACAUGCCAGCGGUGGUGGAGAGCCUGGAGGUCACCUCCUCUUCAAGCCAACCUUCAGAGUCGGCCAUGAAACAGGGCCAAUUCCUUGCACACCGGCUCAGCUACAUGGCCUAUUGCAGGGUUCUCAACCACUAACAUUUCCCUUAGCCAAAGCUUCUGGCCUGGUUGCAAAGUAG